GAGACCACAGAGAAAACGGAGAUAGGUAUUUAAAAGUUUUGAGCAAAGGGAGCGCACUCAUUAUUCAUAAUCCUGCUUUAUUUCGCCAGUACCUUUCUUGUUGUUUUAAUGAACAACUUGUUGUGAAUUCUUCAUUGAAAAAGAAACACGUCUUUUGCGCCUUCGAACGGCAGCAACUUCAACAAAGUUUACAUUGACAUUUCUGGAGAUUCUUUAUGGAGCUCUGAAUCUUCUCCCUCGACGACCGUGUGGUAGAAGAUUGUCCUUGUGAACUCCCGGGGAAAGACCAGCUCGCCCGCCCAACAUUCCCUCGCAGGAGAAGCUGCAGGCCAGUACCACAAUGGCAGGCAGAGCCUUCAAAACCUUGCUACUCCUCGCAAUCUGUUGCUUGGCAUGUGCAGGGCCGCUGUCUCGCAGCCCGUGUGAGGUGCUGCCCGUGGGCGCGAGCCACCCUGUGCAGGCCGCGGCCAAGAGCUUCACCGCCAUGUCGGGCUGUGCCAGCCGCGGCACCACCGGGUUCCCGCAGGAGGUGCACAUCAUCAACCUGAGACGCCAGGGGCCCCAGGCACCGGGGGACCCCCCCACCGAGGUGGAGCUGAAUCUGAAGCCCAUCCAGUCUCUGCUGGUCCACCAGAAGCCCCUCGCCUUCGUGCUGAACUCCCCUCAGCCCGUCGUCUGGGACGUCAAGACGGAGAAACUCGCCCUGGGCGUCAAACACACCUUCCAUGUAUCCCAAGGCUCGGCCGUCCACUUCCUGCCAGGAAACUUUUCCCUCAACUGUGCGGUCCAAAAGGAGAACCUUCCUCAUGGCAACGAGCACCUUCUUACCUGGGCCCGUAAGAAGUACAGAGCGGUGACCUCCUUCUGCGAGCUGAAGAUCGCCCAGGAAGUCUGCAUCAAAGUGGGAGAAGAUCCUGUGUUUCCUGACACCUGCAAGAUUGACAAGAACUUCCUGUCUCUGAACUACCUGGCUGUCUACAUGGAGCCUCAGCCCUCCAAGGGCUGUAUUCUCUCUGGGCCCGACCCAGACAAGGAGGUCCACAUCAUCGAGCUCCAAGCUCCAAACUCCAGCAGUGCCUUCCAGGUGGAUGUGACGGUGGACCUGCGUCCCCUGGAGCCGGACUUGCCGCUGCAUCGCGACAUCGUCCUCCUGCUCAAGUGUGACAGGUCCGUCAACUGGGUGAUCAAGGCCCACAACGUCAUAGGCAAGCUGGACGUGGUGUCUCCAGACACAGUGGGCUUGAGCCACAACACAGACCGACUGAUGGAGGUAUCCAAAACGCCCAAGACCCACCUGCCCUCUGGGUCCCAGGCUCUGAUCAGAUGGGCAGAGGAUCAUGGCUACAGCCCUGUCACCUCCUACACCAGCACCCCUGUGGCAAACCACUUCAACCUCCGGCUUAGAGAGGCUGAUGUGGGGGACCUUUCCGAAGGCUUGUUCCCCCCGGAGCUCUCCAUCCUUCGGGAUGCCAACCUCCACCCAGGACCCGGGUCUGCCGGCCCACGCUCCAGCCUGCCCUUCCCCUUCCCUCCCUCCCUGGACCAGGGCCUGCCCUUCCUGCGGCCCCCCUCCCUGGACGAGCGGCCCUGGCUGGGUGAAGAGCCCGAGGAACAGCAGGGAGUCCUGAGCGUGGGCCUGGCCGUGCAGUGUGAGGAGAGCAGGAUGGUGGUCAGCAUCGCCAAGGAGAGCCUGCAGGCCAAUGGUUUUGGCAACGCCAACCUCACUCUUCAAGACCCGGCUUGUAAAGCCACCGUUAACUCCACCCACUACAUCCUGGAGACUCCCCUGAUUGGCUGCCAGACCACCAUGUACCCAAUCCACCACAGCCCUGUCGUGCUCUACAUAAACUCAGUCAUGAUAAGUCCAAAUGAGCCCAAGGAUGGGAGCGGUGGACCUCCAGAUGAUGAUGAUUUGGAGUCGGGGGAUGUGGUUUAUCCUGGAGACACAGAAGAGACGGACAAAUCUUUCACAGAGCCCCGUGAUCCCCAGCCCUUUAUACUGUUCAACUGCACGUACAGAAACACCCAAGAAACUCAAGAACCAGGACCUUUCCCUAAGAUUGGGAACAAACCCAUUAACGCUGUGGGGUUCAACAUAGAGCUGUACAACGACCACAAGUUCCACGUCCCCGCUCCUCAGGCUUUCUACACCGUCUAUGAAAGUCAAGAAGUGUUUGUGGAGAUCGUAGCCACCAGAACAGAUCCAGACCUGGACUUCAUGAUCCAGUCCUGCUUCAUCUCCCCCGACUCCAACCCCAACAUUGCCUCGAACUACCUCCUCAUCGAGAACAUCUGCCCCACGGACGACAGCGUGAUGUACUAUCCACAAGUCCCUCACUCCCAGGUGGACCGAAAAAGGUUCGGUUUCACCUUCAACUCCAAGUUCAACGAGUCCUUCCUGUUCCUCCACUGUGAGAUGUCCCCCUGCUCCAAGACGCUCAUGAGCAACCACCAGCUACCAGUGUGCUUACAGCUGGAGCAGACCUGCCCGUCGGUCGGCAUGGGCGAGACGUCGGUCAGCAUCGCCGUGAUCCUGGCGAUGACGAGGAACAGCAAGACGUCCUCGAGACCCCUGGUGGUCGUGUCUGACGACCCUCCGGAGCAGCCAGCGCAGAAGGGAGUUCCUCUGAGGGCCCGGGCCCAUGCCUUCCAGGUGGAUGUGACGGUGGACCUGCGUCCCCUGGAGCCGGACUUGCCGCUGCAUCGCGACAUCGUCCUCCUGCUCAAGUGUGACAGGUCCGUCAACUGGGUGAUCAAGGCCCACAACGUCAUAGGCAAGCUGGACGUGGUGUCUCCAGACACAGUGGGCUUGAGCCACAACACAGACCGACUGAUGGAGGUAUCCAAAACGCCCAAGACCCACCUGCCCUCUGGGUCCCAGGCUCUGAUCAGAUGGGCAGAGGAUCAUGGCUACAGCCCUGUCACCUCCUACACCAGCACCCCUGUGGCAAACCACUUCAACCUCCGGCUUAGAGAGGCUGAUGUGGGGGACCUUUCCGAAGGCUUGUUCCCCCCGGAGCUCUCCAUCCUUCGGGAUGCCAACCUCCACCCAGGACCCGGGUCUGCCGGCCCACGCUCCAGCCUGCCCUUCCCCUUCCCUCCCUCCCUGGACCAGGGCCUGCCCUUCCUGCGGCCCCCCUCCCUGGACGAGCGGCCCUGGCUGGGUGAAGAGCCCGAGGAACAGCAGGGAGUCCUGAGCGUGGGCCUGGCCGUGCAGUGUGAGGAGAGCAGGAUGGUGGUCAGCAUCGCCAAGGAGAGCCUGCAGGCCAAUGGUUUUGGCAACGCCAACCUCACUCUUCAAGACCCGGCUUGUAAAGCCACCGUUAACUCCACCCACUACAUCCUGGAGACUCCCCUGAUUGGCUGCCAGACCACCAUGUACCCAAUCCACCACAGCCCUGUCGUGCUCUACAUAAACUCAGUCAUGAUAAGUCCAAAUGAGCCCAAGGAUGGGAGCGGUGGACCUCCAGAUGAUGAUGAUUUGGAGUCGGGGGAUGUGGUUUAUCCUGGAGACACAGAAGAGACGGACAAAUCUUUCCCAGAGCCCCGUGAUCCCCAGCCCUUUAUACUGUUCAACUGCACGUACAGAAACACCCAAGAAACUCAAGAACCAGGACCUUUCCCUAAGAUUGGGAACAAACCCAUUAACGCUGUGGGGUUCAACAUAGAGCUGUACAACGACCACAAGUUCCACGUCCCCGCUCCUCAGGCUUUCUACACCGUCUAUGAAAGUCAAGAAGUGUUUGUGGAGAUCGUAGCCACCAGAACAGAUCCAAACCUGGACUUCAUGAUCCAGUCCUGCUUCAUCUCCCCCGACUCCAACCCCAACAUUGCCUCGAACUACCUCCUCAUCGAGAACAUCUGCCCCACGGACGACAGUGUGAUGUACUAUCCACAAGUCCCUCACUCCCAGGUGGACCGAAAAAGGUUCGGUUUCACCUUCAACUCCAAGUUCAACGAGUCCUUCCUGUUCCUCCACUGUGAGAUGUCCCCCUGCUCCAAGACGCUCAUGAGCAACCACCAGCUACCAGUGUGCUUACAGCUGGAGCAGACCUGCCCGUCGGUCGGCAUGGGCGAGACGUCGGUCAGCAUCGCCGUGAUCCUGGCCAUGACGAGGAACAGCAAGACGUCCUCGAGACCCCUGGUGGUCGUGUCUGACGACCCUCCGGAGCAGCCAGAUGAACCAUCCCCACCAGAAAACCCUCUGGAUCCUCCACGUGAACCCAUGUACGGGCUGGACACUCCGACGGUGGUCGGGAUCGCGUUUUCCGCCUUCGUGAUCGGGGCCUUGCUAACGGGAGCCCUGUGGUUCAUCUACUCUCACACAGGUGAGACAGCUGAGAGGCAGCGGGUCCAGAAGCCUCUUCCCGUCUCGGAGAACAGCAGCGCGGCCCACAGCAUCGGCAGCACACAAAGCACCCCCUGUUCCAGCAGCAGCACGGCGUAACCCAGGGCGACCCAGCGGGACGCGCCCACCCCCCACCGGGGGCACAGGAAGGGCCACACGGGUCAUGGGGACUGGUUUGUUGACUUUGGUUUCCCUGGAUGAAAGGGAUUAUUCUGGGAUGCUUUGUGUUGAGCACAGAAGGAGGAGGAUUUAAAGAAGAGAAAUACAACACGGUUUUCUCGACAUACCAAAAGAAUAUAGUAAUCCCUUUCCGCCAUUGCAAAAGAGACGUUUAGAGUCUCAUGACAUGACUACUGUACUGGUGUGACUGGUCUGUGAGCAGGACCGCACAGAGGCCCAGAAAGGCAAUCAGACAUCAGAUCUAGUGCUAAACUAACCCUUAAAAGUGAUACAGGUAUGUCCAGCCAAUUGUCUCCUGUCCAAAUGCUGCUUUUUAAACUUUCAACCACAACAGAUCAUUUUGUUCUUACCUUAAAUGGUAAAGUGUAGGCUGUAAAUAAGAGCAAGCGUGCAACCAGAAGCAUCCGUAGCGAUGAGGUUCUUUGCACAGACUAAGUCAGUAUUAUCCAGUUGUAGACUGUCGUGAGUACGGCCAGCUUAUCUCAUGCUGUUCAAGUAUAACUAGGUGGGGAUCCAGUCGACCACUCGAUCAGAGAGCGGCGGAGAGACGCUUCUGCUUUUUGUUAUGGAGAGAGAGGCACAACUUGGCAUGUUUGGAAAAUCACUCGCUAUCUGAAGAGACCACAGAACGCAGCACAGAUGUUGAAUGUAUAGAUAGAUGCUCUAGAAUGUAGAAGAAAAUGUGAACUCUGAUGAUGAUGAGGAGGAGGAGGAAGAGGAGGAAGAGGAUGAGCCUGUAAGAAAGAUAGUUAGUCAUAUUAUAAUAUAUAAGAAAGUCAUCCUGUAUUAAUAGCAUGUAAUAGCGACAUCUGUCAGUCUUUAAGGAUGUUUUUUAACACCAGCAGGUGUAUGUUUAGUGGAUAUAUUUGGUUAUAGUGAUAGUGAUGCCAGUUCUGAAGAAUGUCUAAACUUCAAGAUUGGCAGGUGUUAGUGUACAGUACUUUGAUUCACGGGGACAUUAUGACGUCCCUUUAUAUCAUUCCAUAUUAUUCAAAACAGCCAUUGCAAUGGUAUGUAUAUUUUGUAAAUAUUGUAAAAAAAAAAAAAACAGAAAGGGUUUAAAAUCAAGUUUUUUCUUUAUGCUUUUUGUGUUAUGUUUUUUUUGUCCAAUUUUUUUUAUAUUUUAUUCUACAGCCAUUUGCCAGUAGCCACAAUCACAAUCCAGAUUUUCAAUGUGAAUCCACAGUACGGUUUCUGUAAAGCAACAACACUGAACCACAAAUAACUUGUGUCGAACUGCCGUGUUAUGAUUGAGGGCAUUACAAGUCCUGCAAAAAAACAAGUUUCUCAUCUGGGUCCUGAACCACUAGCAAACUUUCAGCUAAUGUAAAUAAUAUAUCAAUACCUUUGAGCCACCAUUUUGAGUUUUUGAUAAAUGGUUCUAACGCUGGUUUGGUUUGGUGGUGGAACUACAGUAAACCUCUUUGUUGUUCUUUCAGUACAGUAAAGUAUAUUUUAAAGCGGGGUCGAUCGGUAGACUUAUGAUCUUACAAGUGUACAGUACAUGUCUCUACUACAUUCCCUUUAUCAUUGCUUGGAUUUUUUUGAUGUUGAUGUCCUUGUUUUAAGAAGAAAUUGAAAGUGUCGAGUGAGACAAGUGGCUUCUACAUUGUAAAAUCUUAAAAGUUACGUUUACGCAAAUGGUCUGUUGAAUUUAAUUGCCUAGAGCCUUUCAAUUUCAGGCAAUUUCAACAAACCAUUUUGAGUCAACCUAACUUUCAGGUUUUACGUUGUACAUUGAAAGUGAGAAGUUUUGUGUGGUCUAAACAUGACGUUCGUCCCUUAAUUGAUAUAAAGCCAGAUUAUCCCCACCGUCAAAUUAAUGAAUGUUCCUUUUUGUGCCUUAACAGACAUGAAUCAAUCACCUACAUGUUUAGACUUAUAUGGAUAGGUUUACAUGAGCGUGUUCAAAAAGGUUUAAAUGUACAUGUUUGGGUACUGUAGGUAUCAAUGUUUAUGUUAAAUCUAAAUGUUAAGAUAUCCUUGAAUUUUAAAGUUUGUUUUAUGAAAGGAAGAAAGGGAUUGGUUUUAAUGAAUUCAAGGAAUAGGUGUUUCAAAUGAAAAUUACAUCUAGUACAGUAGACAAACUUUAUUCAGAAACUUGUGUAAAUACUGGCUGCAAAACAGAAUGUAUGUUAUCUCAAAGCUUUUAUAUUAAUGUGUUUGUUUUAUGUAAACAUGUAUACAAUAGAUGUCUCCAAAAGUGAAAAACAGAGUAUAAAUAUAUUAUUUGUCUAUAAAAUUAUAUUUCGAAUAUAUUUACCGAGAGUCAAGCUUUAGUCUCCCAGUACUGUGAAUUUUUUAUGCGCUACUUUUUAUUUUUCAUAAAUGUACAUAUAACCUUUUGUUUAGAAAUAAAUAUGAGCAAUUACCUUUAUAUGUAAAGUUUUGAUUCUGACAUCUCCCAAGCCCAACAAUUACCCUAAAUUAGAAGAUUAUAUUAAAGAAAAUCGAAAGUAAUAUAUCUUUAAUAUGUAACGAUAAUGUGAUAGAUUCCAAUAAGAAAUUAGCAUAUACGAUGGUGUUACUUCAGUGUGAUACUGAUUAAGUAACAACCAUUUAAAAGUGAUUACAAGUCAAAUUGUAUUCCUUCUUCAUGGUCUCAUUUAGCAUAUUACUUGUGGUUGUUACAGUACAUGUUUUCUAAGGGAUUGUUUAAAAUGCCUUUUAUGUGGGAGUAAAAGUUACCGAUCAUCAGUGGUCAUUUGUGAAUUCAAUUCUUUAUUUAUUUUUUUCUACAUUCCUAUGGGUUAAUAGUUUCGCUUAUAGGUUAUUUCACGUUCAUCCAUAACUUUGCCUCCUCUGUGAGGCUCCAUUUGAGUGUUUGAAAUAGUGAUCUACCUUCAAACACAAGCCUCACUUCACACACUAGUCGCCCAACAGCUGAGGACAUGUUGGAGAAAAAACAGCUUUAUUGGGAUCAGAAAUCCAUACUGUAGACCUCCUCAAUGAGACCCUUAAAAAUAGAUUGUAUUUCUUUGGUUUAUUUUCUGAACUUUUGUCUACCUCACUGUUGUCUGUAAACGUAUGUGUGUGUGUGUUUGUGUUCUGUAUGUUUGUGUGAAUAGUAUACUAAUGUGAAUGUGUGUUUGUGUGUACAGUAUGUAUGAGUUCUUUUGAAAAGAGAGUGGUGGAGAGAGGUGGAGUCUCAUGGAGAGUUGAUUAGGCAAGGCUCUGAGGGCUCUAAAGCUACGUGUCUAUGCUUUUGUUAUGCUACCUUUUGUAUCUAGAUUGAGCAAUCAUGAAACAACCAAAAAUGUAAUUUACCUUAUCUCAGUACACUUCAAUCAGUCGGUUUUGCAAACGAUGUCAACUUUUUCUAAAAGAUUUGCUGUAAAUACGAUGCAUGAUAUUUGUAUACUUUUAUGCUCAAUAAAUUGUUAUAGCUCAACAUUCA